CGCCGAGGCGGCGCGGCCUCCGCUCCCUCCCUCCCUCCCUCCUUGUCUCCGUCGCUGCCCGGCCGCGGCGCAAUGUCGGGCGGCGCGGCGAGCGCCCCUAAGCCCCUCCCGUCCUCCGGGCCCAAGUCGCUGCGGGAGAUGCCGCAUCCCCUGGCCACGUCCAGCAGCGAAGAGAUGGGGCCGGCGCUCACCCCCAGCCCGGACCUGCUCCUGCCCCGCAGCAUCGCCGACAAGGAUCUCAGUCUGCCCAAUGGCACUCCCGUGGACACUUCUAGCCCAGCCUCCUCUUCAUCUCUUCUCAACAGACUGCAGCUGGAUGAUGACUUGGAUGUGGAAACUAGAGACCUCUUCGUUACUGUUGAUGAUCCCAAAAAACACGUGUGCACAAUGGAGACAUAUAUCACAUACAGGGUUACAACAAAGACCACACGAGCAGAGUUUGAUUUGCCAGAGUAUUCGGUCCGUCGGCGGUACCAAGACUUCGACUGGUUGAGAAACAAGCUGGAAGAGUCCCAGCCAACGCAUCUUAUUCCCCCUCUUCCUGAGAAGUUUGUGGUGAAGGGUGUUGUUGAUCGCUUUUCGGAAGAGUUCGUGGAGACAAGAAGGAAAGCAUUAGACAAGUUCUUGAAGAGAAUAACUGAUCACCCAGUGCUGUCUUUUAAUGAGCACUUCAGCAUCUUUCUCACAGCUAAGGAUCUUAAUGCCUACAAAAAGCAAGGAAUGGCUUUGCUGUCAAAGAUGGGGGAGUCUGUUAAAUAUGUUACAGGAGGCUACAAAUUAAGAAGUCGGCCACUGGAGUUUGCAGCCAUUGGGGAUUAUCUAGACACAUUUUCUCUAAAGCUUGGUACCAUUGACAGAAUAGCACAACGGAUCAUCAAGGAACAGUUGGAAUACUUGGUGGAACUGCGAGAAUAUGGACCUGUUUAUUCAACGUGGAGUGGGCUGGAGGUAGAGCUAUCAGAGCCGCUGGAAGGAGUGUCUGCCUGUAUUGGGAAUUGCUGCACAGCUCUUGAAGAACUCAGUGAGGACAUGACAGAAGACUUCCUGCCUGUACUUAGGGAAUAUAUAUUGUAUGCUGAGUCAAUGAAGAAUGUGUUGAAGAAGAGAGACCAAGUUCAAGCGGAGUAUGAAGCAAAACUGGAAGCAGUAGCCUUGAAAAGAGAAGACCGUCCAAAGGUACCCACAGAUGUUGAGAAAUGUCAAGACCGAGUAGAAUGUUUCAAUGCUGACCUGAAAGCAGAUAUGGAGAGAUGGCAGAACAACAAAAGACAAGACUUUAGGCAGCUACUCAUGGGGAUGGCAGAUAAAAACAUCCAGUACUACGAGAAGUGCCUUACGGCGUGGGAGUCAAUUAUACCACUAUUGCAAGACAAGCCAGAGACCAAAUAAGGAGUAUCUUCAUGGACAGUCUAGCACUUCUAUGCUCAGUACCACUAGUAAUACUGGAACUGUAUGGAGGACUCUUUUGUUAAGUUAACUGAAAUGACAGCUGCACUUAGUUUUUCAGAGAUUCUGUUCUAGCCUAUUUGAAUUUUUUCCUGAAUUUUUGUGUUAAAACUGGGGUAUGUUUCAUCUUUUUGAGUUAUCUUGAAUGGUUCCUUCUUUAUCCUAUGGAGUGUUUGGGGUUCACAGUGAAAGUGCAUGGGGAUCUUGAUAAAAUUUACCUCUCUAGUGUGGAAGGAACUGAUGAGUGGAACACUAAAAAGGUGAAAAUAAAACUCUACUGCAAGGUGCCGAAUGACAUCUUUAUUAUCAUUCUGUUUUGUUUGCUUAAGGAAAAGCCCAAUAAUUAUUUCUGUGAUACAGUACUCCCUAACCAAUCCUUAUCCUUUUUUUUUCUUUUUGAAUAGACAGGGAAAGGCUGGGAAAGAAUAUUUUCUGGUUUGCUAGCACCCAUGUGCUCCCUCUGGAUGAAAAGGUCUCUGUAGACUUUUUUGUCUGUGGGUCGGGCUGGUUCUAGACAGACCUUACCAACACCAGCUGCUGAUAGCUGGUGAUGCAAGCAUGACCUGUGGUUUUGUAAGUGUGGCAUGCUGUUGGUUCAUACUGAGUAUCUUUGUUUACUUUGGUGAUUAUGAAGUAAUGUCAGGUGACUGAAGUGUACUCAUGACUGACUUGGGGAUCAAAACUAGCCUAACUGUGGGAAUGAGUUGGACUGCGGCCCUUCAAGGAUUGUGGGAAUGGGGGAGGAAGCAUGAGUCUUUAAUUUUUCCAAAGCUAACUCUGGAAGCUGUGUGGUGGAGAUCUUACACCAUGCUUUAUAUAUGGGUUUUACUAGUGCUUCUUUAGGCUUGGUCACCGAAGAUGCCUGCUAUAUUAAAAGUACAACUCUUGUUUUCUCUCCCCACACUUGCUUUGCAGCAGCCAAAAGGUGUCAAAUACUUCUUUCCACCAAGCAUCAGAGUGUAUGAAACUUGCCUUAAAGGGGUUGGUGGGGGGAUAGGUGGGUGCCCUAUUAGGUACACAUAAUAUUCAUACCUGUCUCUGCGGAACCACAUGGCAAGUCUUUUAGGACUACUUUUGUUACUGAUCUAUUUUCUUAGUAGUUUCCAUUGGUCUUUAGAAUUGCAGCUGCUUCUGCAAGUCCCUUUUUUGUCCUUGCUUUUGCAAUCCAACCUCAAGUAAGUACCUGCUUAGUGUUAAUGGCCUUAAGAAUGCUGACACGAUUUAACCAUCCUAGUGAAGGGAGUUGGGGCUCAUAUGAGUGUAAUACUGGGAUUUAGGGCAAUAAAUAACUCUGUGCUUACUGCUAAAUUUGAGUGAUUACUUGUUCUCUGGCAACAUUCUUGCAAAGAAUGUGAGCAGUGAUUGAUUUUGUGCAACUUCUGUAUUCUCUUGUAACAACAUACCAGGUACUAGUCUGAUUUGGAAUUUAUUCUUUCAUAAACACCAACCAAACAUCCAGCCUGGUGGCUUUAUGGAACUCUCAAGAUGAGUUAUUGCAGCACUGUGGUAGCUGUCAGGCUAAUGAGAUGGUGCUCUCUGCAUGAAAAAGUAAAAUAUUAGACAUUUUAAGAAAUUUUUCUUUUUGUCUCAACCUUCAUUGACAACUCUGUGGUACAAAUGAACUAUGUUUCUUGUUUUAAAGUCAGUUUGUCAACAUGCACUUUUUGGUGUAAAUGGGAACUCUGGUUUAAGUUACUGUUAGGUUCAGAGUCACAGACAGCUCUUGUUCAGGAGAAGUACUUAAGGGGAUCAUCUUGAAGCAAUCUAGAAUAAGCACCUGCAUACUAUCUAAUAGUCUGUCCUUCAGGGUUACAGGCUUCCCCAUUUUCCACAAAGAAAGAUCAACAUGCUUUUUGAAUUAGUUCAAAUUAGCGGAAUAAAUGGAGUUGACUCUACAACAUUGCUGGGACUCAAGCAAAAUAUAUUUUGAACUUUUAGUCUUCCCACUAUCUUAUUAAAUAAACAGCACAAGAUGAGUAGAAAGAAAGGUAGUUUUUUCCUACAGGUGGUUUUAUAUGAUGCCUUACAACAUUAAGGGACUCUUUCUGCUUUGCUUUAUGUCAAACCGAGGUGGGUGUUGCUUCUGGGGAAUUCAGCAACUAACAUCACAGCUGUUCAUGAGAAGCAUAAUGGACAGUGGAGAGUACCAAGUGAAGUUCAAAUCAACAUGUAACUGUUGAGGCUGGAGCUGCUGAAGAUCGGGAUAUCUUACGUGAUCUGCACCAAAACCUCUUAAGCUCUUACAAGGGAAGUAAAACUUGACAUUCAAAGGAGAAGUCCUCUGCAAGUAUUGCUGCGGCGUAAUAAGGGUGUGCGUAGGUGGGUCCAAUUCCUACAGGCUGUGCAGUGGUCUGUUCUUGUGAAGAGUUGUUGCAAAUCACUCACUGAGGGAGAGGCUGUGGGGAAGUGUGGGGAGGAGCCUGACUGAUGUUUAGGGCAGCUGUGCCAGUCAGGAAAACCACCAAAGUUGCAGGAAAUUCCUGUAAGAUGUGCAGAGUGGCACUUGUUUCACAUAACUGCUGUUAGAGGGAGGUUGAGUCCUGAACUGAGAAUGAAACUUUAACAUGUUAUCCUAUAAUCCUUAUAGAAUAAGAGUCUUUACUUUGGGUGGUCCACACUUCUGUGAGAGAAACAGAAGAUCGUGGUAAAGGGAAACAGGAAUAGUGCAGGAGCUUAAUCUUUGAGUAAUAUGUUAGGUGACUUAAGAUGACUGUCUGCACGUGGUGCCAAAAUGACGCCAAAAGUAGCUGGUGCCCUUUUUAUGAGCCUAUUUAACACGUGGUUCUUUCGUCAGUCCUUAAAUCCACCCAGUUUUCCUCAUAGUCCGUAGCCAGAGCAAGAAGGCUCUUCAGUGGCUGCAGAAUUCACUGCUGCCCAGUUACUUCUGUAUAGUUUCUGUGGUGUUUGUUUAUUCUCUUAAGUGGCACCAGCACAAUAAAGCAAGCCCUAAUACCUUGUUUCUGUGCUCAGUAAUGGACCAUUCGUUGUUCAUGUAUACCUUUAUCAGGUUCUAAAUCUUGAAAUAAACAUUGAUGUUAAAACAUAAUAGCUUUUUCAGGUAUACAUUGAAAAAUGAAAAGGUAGUAUGUGUAGCCCUAAAGAUACAAACAGUUUUGGUGUGAGUUGUAUUAAAGGAUAAAGUAUGAUUCUUCACUAAAAUCUACUUGGACUUUUGCUGCACUUAAACUUGAGCUAAGGAUAAAGUAGUGGAAUAACUGAUAGAAACAAAGCAGCAUGAGUGGCAGAGAGUUCUGUGGAGGUACUGUGCAGUAGCCUUAAAGCAGUGGCUCUGCAUAACCUGUUCAUGACACAUACUGCUUCAGGUGUCAGUCCUGCAGAUGCAAGGGUACAAAGGAAUUCUUUCCCAGAUCAGCAGGAACUGUUCAUUGUUUUAAUGGGAGCUAUGCUUUUGUUAAAACUUGCACAAUUUAACUGCAUAUCAUUACGAUUAUUGUUGCAGACUGUUGAAAAUCCUUGUCGUGAUAACCACUGAACAAAACUGUAUAGACUAAGUUGGCUCAUUAGAUGUUCUGUCAUCUUAAAUUCUGAAGGUAGAACAUUCUUUCCUUGGGUGUAUGAAGUUUUAUUACAACAAUACAUAGGGAAAACAAGGACUUUUUGUUUAAAGACAGGCAAGUUGUUACGACUUGUUGGAUUUUUUUUUUUUUUUUCCCCCUCUUGUAAAGUAGUAAAGCUGGGGAUCAGAGGAGUUACCUUGCCUUCUGUUAGGCUGAAUGUGGCAUUUAAAACUUUUUGGGAGUGCUGUUGAACCAAUUUACAAAAUAAAAUGGCAGUUUUUAAUUCUGUGCUUAGCACUUUGAAGUCUUGCUGAAGUAUCUGACAUGUAGAAGUACUUAGUAAUGAACUGGACAAGUUUUAAGGUUGCAUGCCUAAAGCACAGUAAAUUUGCAGAAAAUAAUGAACUUUCCAAAGAGGUAUAAGUAGAUCACUCUUAUGUAAAUGGCAUGAUAAAACAAUAAGGGCUAGUCACUGUCCUAGACUACUUUGAAGGUGUUGGUAUUCUAUGCUUUGAAGCUAAACCAUUUCCUUAACCCUGGUGCUGGGAGAUGUAUCCAUACCUUCAGAUCAAGCUGCAGCGUUGUGUACAUUCCCACUGAACAAGGAGACAGGUUGCUGAGGGCCAGUCUUACGAAAAGAGCCAAAGGGCUUUUGUCUACAGUACACAAAAAUGAAGAAGCACCGUCCUUGUUCUUGCUUCUCUAUGCCUGCAACCCUCUGUCCCUCCCUAAGGUCUGGAGAGUUGGGCCAUGCAGGUGAGGGCAAGCUGGCUGUGAACUUCACACACUGUGUUGAAGGUGUCAGUGAUGGGGACCAAAACGGUGCCAGUUCCUUGUCCAGACUCUUCUGCUUUGACUCUAGUUCUGGUGAGUGCGUUUAUAGAGUGACUGUUCAUACCAUUAAAAUACAAAAUGAAAGCUGUGAAAAGACUUGUCUCUGUGUGAAUUAGCUAGUAAACAAUGUAGAAGUUCGAAGGAUGUACUUGGUCAAGUUGGCAACUGUGCUGUUGUUCAGACUCACAGGCUAGAAAAUGUCUUGCCUCCUGGUGCUGGCAUGUUUCUAUACCCUUUCUUAUAUCUCUUUAAAUAUACUUUGUGCAUUGUUUACUAUGGAGCUAGUAUUGAUGGAGAAAAAUGCUUUGAGGUAAAACGGUUUGUAAUUCUCUAUUAGUGUGUACAUUUUUUUUUUUUUUUUAAUGCACCACUUGUUUACCUCAUUUAAUUUAAUGGAAUGCACCAAUAAAUGUAUUAAAAGAUUACUCCUUUACUUAGAAUAAAGUUUCAUUUUUUUGCA